UGAAGAAGGACUUUUUACAUGCAGACCUUCAGACAACAAAGAACUCCCGAGGUUUUUGUUCAAAAUGACGAGGUUUGCGCUUUUCACCUUGUUGGCAUUCUUUGUUGGAAUUUACGGUUAGUUACAUGGCAGCUAUUCCAUUUGUCUCUCACGUCUUCUUCAUUUUAUGGGUAAUUAAGAUUCUUACAAAUUAGUCGAAGCAAUGGGUAAAGGAUGAUUCAAUUUUUCUGUUUUUUCUACUAUGCGGAUUGAUCCUGUUGCCCUUUUAAAAGUCUACCCAACUCUCACAAUCACGGUUGUCCUAUUUAUAUUUUCCAUGAAGGACUUGUUAGCACUUUCAACUUGGUUUGUGAGGGCACUUAAAUGAAGAUGAAGUGUAAAGGAUGCCUAUAUCUAUUCAUUCUGUUUCUUAAGGGGAAUAGGUUAAGUUUGGCUGAAGUUUUGAGUAGGACUGAUUAGUGCUACGGACAUUAUUUUAAAAUAGUGUUGAUUUUAAGGUAGUGUUGCAUAAUAUGGACGAAUACUUAUAGUACUUGUGUUUUCUCUUAAAGGUAACCCUGUUCCUGACUUUGAUGCGGACUGUUCCGAAGGAUCUGGAGACUGUACCCGUAAGUUGUGCCAUGAAGAGUGUAAAAUCGUACAUCAUUCGUGGUUUAUGUCAAGAAGCCCAGUAAUUUUUUUUAAUGGAGCUCUGAAAUAGCUCACCAAAUUUUCCCACACAUUUCUAGUUGUACCAUAUAUAAUUUUUCGAAAGAGUUUUUUUUGCCACUGAAUAGUCUAUGAUGCCGAGAUGCGCUAAAAAAAACUAGCCCAUUUCAAAUAGUGUUGUAAGAUAACACCUUUAUUUUCUGAGGAGCCUUAAGACUGUCUACAGAUAAUUUUCAGUUGAUUUCACCUUGAACAGACUAAAAAAAUAGCGACAACAACAACAAAAACCUGGGAGUGAACGGCUUCAGAGUAGUUUGACAUCAUUAUGAUCCAGUCAAACUCGCAACGCAUACUGAUCGAUUAAUCUUGUCACUAACUUAAUCUUGUUUUAAGCCGCACCCCCACCAGGAACUUCCGCACCAAGCCCUCCGCCGCCCACUGGAACAUCCGGUCCUCAACCUCCACCUUCACCGUCCUCCUGUGGCGAUCGUCCUAUUUCAAAUGCACGAAUUGUUGGUGGGCAAGAGACAAUUAAGAACAGCAUUCCGUGGCAGGCAAUGUUACGCGGAAACAACGGAGGGCAGUUCUGUGGUGGUUCUCUGAUCCAUAAGCAGUGGGUUCUGACCGCAGCUCACUGUGUCACUGGAUCGCAGCCCGGGCAAUUUAAAAUUUGGUAAAGAUCAUGUCUUUGACCUUUGCAAGGGCACUUCAACACCGGCUUGUUUUAGAUGAGGCCGUAAAUGCAUAUGCAGUCGAUGUAGAAUAUUUCAAAAUAAUAAUUAUCAUCCUUGUAACAAUCUGAUUUCGUCUAAGCUAAGUGACAGAAAAUGAAGUCGCAGAAUCUGAAUUGACCAAGGCUCGAGUUCUCAAAUGAUCGCAAUUUUAUUUCAUUUUUUCCCACGUUUGUGACAAAUGCAUAACAUAUUAAGAUCAGAACUAGUUGUUGGUUAAAAUUUGCAUUUCAUAUGACGAAAGUGAAGUAUGACAUUAAAUCAAUUGAAAGGGAAUAUUUCUAGUUGCUACAAAGGCAUUUUUUUUUCGAUCACUUUUUCUUUAAGAGGAGUAAUUUUGAAGUUUAAAAGCAUUGAAAAUAGAAAAUUUCGCUAACUGCUUCUACAUCGACUGGCCACUUCCAAGCAUUCUGCGAUGCUAUUUUUGGAACAUUAAGGUAUGAGCCCUGAUCUCAUACCUUAUCAGACUUAUCUCCCUUUUUCUUUUUGUAAGGUUGGGUGCACAUCGUAAGGAAGUUAGAGAGGACACCACUCAAGAAUUUAAUGUUGUUGACAUUGUACGACAUCCACAGUACAAUGAGAACACUAACGAAAACGACGCUGCUCUCAUCAAACUCAACAGAUUAGCAGUUCUCGGACGUGGUGUGGGGCUCGUCUGUCUAGGAGAUGAUAUUCAUCAUCUCCCCCUGGAUGACCUCACUAACCAGUGUCUGAUAAGCGGAUGGGGAACUCUUAGUAGCGGAGGUCAGCAACCAGAUAAAUUACAAGAAGUGACCGUUCCCUUAGUGUCUCCAAAAGUGUGUCAAAGCGCCUAUGGCAACCUUCACGCCUCCAUGCUUUGUGCCGGUUUUCGCGAAGGUGGUAAAGACAGCUGCCAAGGUGACAGCGGCGGACCAUUGGUGUGCAACUAUAAUGGGAAGCACUACCUCGAGGGGGCUACCAGCUGGGGAGAGGGUUGCGCCCAUGCUGGAAAGUAUGGCGUGUACGCUAAAGUACGUUUUCUGAGGAAAUGGAUCGACAACAUUAUCCGUCAGUAAUGGAACAAUAUCGACACUGAACAGUGUAGAUUAUUGGAAAAGCGGGAAAUUGUAGUUCACAGUAUGUAGGGGGUAACAAGGGUAAACGUGAAUAAAAAGAGCAAUGUGCUAAAAAUUCUUAUCAACUUCUUUGACG